GCCCAUCAAGGCUCCGAAGACUUCCGCCGCAGCUUUCCCGCCCCAGCCUGGCCCCUCAGGACCCAGCACACAAUGUGGAUCUGAGCCAGGCGUGUAGCGGCGGGAACUCGCCCCUUCCACUCAGUAAAUGCGGGAAAGUCCAGCGGAUCGCUACUAAAAAGAACUGGUGACCACAGACAGGAAGAGGGAAGCGAGGCGCGGAGAAGGAAUGUUGGGUCUGGGCGGCCGCCGUAGGAGCGGUGCUCUCAUCUCCAUGGCAACGGCGAAAAGCGGCGGGAGGCCUCUGGGCGGUGCAGCCGCCACGGCGGAUUGGAGCGGGAAAGGCGCGGAAUCCGUGAACUGCCUGUGGCUCCGAGGGCGUAGGUGAUGGGGUUAGCUCCUGGAUUGACCGGCGGUGUCCUGCCCCAUGGACACCCUGCACAUCUCCGCGUCACCCUUUCUUCCUGUGCUGUCCAGCCCUCCUCUAGCCCGUGGACUCCAACCCCGGCUCCCGUCAGCGGCCCCUCCCUGCUGCUCCCCAUCCCGGCCAUCGUCGUGCUCUCCGUGGGCAUCUAUCUGUUGCUGCUGGGCCUUGUGCUGCUGACCAGGCACUGCCUGCUGGCCCAGGGCUGCUGCACAGACUGCAGCUCCCCCUGCAGGAAGCAAGGCGCCUCCAGGCCCCAAGACUGUUGUCAGACCUGUGCCGAAGCCUGUGACUUCCCCCUGCCCAGCCCAGCCCGCUACUUGGAUGCCUGCUGCCCCCAGCCCGCCGAAGCUGACUGGGCCCCUCGCUGCCCUCGCUGCUGCCCGCUCUGCGACUGUGCCUGUGCGUGCCAACUUCCUGACUGCCAGAGCCUCAACUGCCUCUGCUUUGAGAUCAAGCUCCGAUGACGACCCCUCAGGGUCCCUGCUCUUUGGGGAGCGGCCAGCCCCCAGGGCCCACAGGCCCUGUUCCCUGAGGGGACUCAGGACACCUUUCUCCAGGCCAGUGGAACCACAAAUGGCCUGCCCAGCUCACCGGCCUGGGAACCGGCAGUGGAGAGCCUGGCUCCCGGCAGAGCGGGA